AAUCCGUACGUGGCUGUCACACCGACCGAUCUAAACACCGUUAUCGUCCUAAAUGAAAACCAAUGGACGUACGAGGUAGUCCGUAGUUUUUCCCAUGCAUGCCCGUGUUUUAUCAGUGUGAACGCCAGUGGAGUGCAGUGCUGUGUUUUUACUGUUUCACAUAAGUUUUCAUGUCGCAAUGGAGGAGAUUCGCAUUUCGGAUUGGCCUGAGCCGCCUGGCUCGCAUGCAUGGCUGCCUGCUUAUGGCUUCCAGCAUGAUAUAAUGGAGAAAGACGACUUUUUCGGCUCCAAUGGUGACAAUGGCAGUAAUCACGCUUUGUACCUCGAAACAAUAGUCGAGGAGACGAGCGAUGACUUGCGUUCCGAACGCUCUUCGGCUGCAACUUGGCUGUCUGAUUCCGAUGCCGAUUCCGUCAUCCAUGUUCGAGGCACUGCAGGGUCGGAGUGCGACAGUGAGUCGGAAAGAGAAUGGGCGUGCCCGGCCAAGCGGCGGCGGCGGGAGCGCGCCUCCUCGCCCGCUAGCAUCGGUUCCCUGUCCCGCUCAUCCAGCCUCGCGCAGUUUGAGUCACUCGAGCGCUCGUGUGCCGCUCCCGCGUCGCCCAGCCUGUCGCCCGACUCGCUGGAGUCACCGCCCGCCUCGCCGCCACCCGCGCGCCCUGCGCCGCGCGCUCAUCUCUCCGCGGAGAACCUCAGCGAGGACAGCGGCUACAGCGAGCGCGCACGCCGCCCGCCCCCGCGCCGCGCUCCCGAAAUAGCGCGCGGGCCCGCCGCCGCCACCAGCGCGCCGUGCCUGGCAUCGCCCAGUGCCGCGCGCCGCCCGCUCCGCGCGCGUGCCGCCUCGCUGCCCGCGCUGGACCUGAGCGCCGCACUAGCGCCCGCCCCCGCGCCCACGCGCUUCCGCCAGGCCUUCGACGUGUGCGACCGCUUCACCGUCAGCGUGGCCGACCUCACCGCGCUGGACUACGGCGCCGCGCCGCGCCGCCCGCGCGCACCGCGCCCGCCCUGCCUGCCGCCGCCGCCGCCACCGCCGCCGCCGCCACGCGAGCCCAGCGUUGGCAGCGACUCCACCACCGAGUCAGAGCGCGCCUUCGCACGGGACAUGGAGGCAACGGCGCGCCGCCUCGAUGACUCGGCGCGCCGCGCACUGGCCGCCACCGGCCACUACGAGCGUGAGCUGUCCGUGUUGACGGCGCGCCGUCUGCGUGCUUCGUGGGGCGCCUGGGAUGACGUACUGGAUGAACUGCGGCGCCGCAUGGAGCCAUCCUCCGCCACACCGUCGCCGCCGCGCUCGCCCUCUCCCGACCCCGAGCCGGCUUACGCGCCGCGCUCCUGCGACGCGCGCGUGCGCUCCACGCCCGAGCUGCGCGCGCGCACCUCCCCGCCGCGCGACACGCCGGAAGAGCUACGCGCGUCGCUACAGCUGGUGGCGCGAGCGCCCGGCGCCGCACCGCCGGCGCGCUCUGUAUCGGCGAGCUCCAAGGGAGUAACAUUUUCCCCCGUGGUUGCCGAAGUGAGUUGGCGCGAAACGAGUGCAAGCAGCAGUGACGAUUCGUCGACAAACGCGAGCUCGAGCUCGACGGUGGACGCGGCGGACGCCGAGGUGGUGGUGGUGGGGGGCGACGGCGGCGCGGAGGCGCGCGCGCCGGCCGCAGAGUGCGCGAUGACGGACGCGAGCGCGCGCGCGCCGCGCAGCCGCAUUGCCGGCUUCCUGUCGCGGUUCGCGAACUUCCGAUUCUCGGGGCGCAAGGAGAAAAAAUGCAGGGGCGCAGGCGCGAACGGGCGGGUGGGCGUCCCGGCCGGACCGGCGGCAGACGCGGGGCAGGCAGCGCCCGGAGCGGGCGCGGGCCCGCAGUUCGUGCGCAUCCCGCUGAAGCCGGAGACGGCCCCGGGCGGCGGCGCGGCGCCGCGGCCGCCGCGCCCGCGCGCGCCGGCGCCCGGCGUGCUGGAGACGGACGUGGACACGGCGCGCACCGUGCUGCACGCGCGCUCGCUGCUGGCGCUGGCGCCGCCGGGCGCGCCGCCACCGCGCCCGCACAAGUCCAUGGAGUUCCUGCUGGACAAGGACAGCGCGCAGGCCAUCCAGCCUCCAGAAAACGAGUUGCAGAAGAAUUCAGAUCGCGUGCUUUCCGAGCACGAGCUCCGGGUCCAGAGGUCGUUGCAGAAGCUCAAUGUGCCGGAAUGGUACAAGAACGCUCCAGCCCCUCGGGAGGGCUUCCUUCUCCGCAAGCGGUUGUCUGAUGCGUCCGCGUCGGCGACUCGCUGGUCGGGGCUCAACUCCAAGACCACCUCGCUCAGCAGCCUCGGCGCCAACGCCCAGCCACCCCCGCCCCAACUGUCUCCACACACUACCAGCUUCGGCAGAUGGUCUACUAGCCGCCUUAAUUCAAAUCAGACGUCACCGUGUUCUUCGACCCGGAGCAGUAUCCGCGGUACCAGCCCUCUGUGCUCCCCUUCAGCGCGGUCUUCGUUUAGCGCACGGCAACCCUACCUCGGCUGGAGAAGUCAGGAGAGACUGAACUCUACCCCGAGAACUCCUCACGAGAGGCUAGCCUCUUCCCUUCUUCAACAAACCGCCUCAGCAAGAGCGUCGGAGGAGAUCCAGACGUCGAUAAAGGAAGUGACGUCAGCGAUAGUCCAUUACGUGUCGGGCUUGGAGCCGGCUAACGGUGAUAUUGACAGGCAGCCGUCGCCGAGGUCCAGUCAGAAGUUGUACUGGCUGGAAAGUUCGUUUGUCGGUACAAAACCCUUAGAAUCGCCACAAACCCCUUUGGUGGUAUCGGAUGCGCUACCCCCGCCACACCCGCGCCCGCCGUCCUCCUUACGCCUCGACCACCGCGCGGCGCCCGACUGGCAAGACUCUCAUCGCCAUUCAACCUUAAAUCUGGGUAUAACCAGGCCCUCCCCUGGGUCAACGACCUUGGAGGACGUCUUGGACUCCCUUUUGGGUCUGCCUUCGCAACCUACGAGGAUACCUACUCCCCAACCUAGCCCGAGAAAGUCUGCAAGCCCUUACUUCUUGUUGGGUGGCAAGAGUCCUCGAUAUGAGCAGCUAGCCAGCAGUGGUCACAGUAGUAUAUCUCCCGCGUCGCGUUUCAUUGGCACGCCCAGCGAAGGCCGUAGCUCCUUCACCGAUCCUAGCCCAGAUCACGAUCGAGCAGGGAAGGAUACAGUUGAUAAUCCUGCUACGAUGCAAGAGUCGAGGCGUUCGAAGUCGGCGCACGGCGAGUCUCGCAGGAGAAGUGAGCCGUUUGCGCACACGAGUAUGUCCUUAGACCGCCGCACCAGCCUCGACGCCACGGCCUUCCGACCCGAACACCACCUAACCCACCACGAUUCCAAAGCUUCUCUUGCCUCAUUACAAACUGAAAACAGUACUGAUGAAGCUUUUGUUAAAUGUAAAUACCCUAAAUGCUCUUCUCGCGCCCCCCUAGCGGACGCUAAAAGACAUUACAAAACUUGCCACAACUGCACAACCACCUACUGCUCAAAGGAAUGCAGACGAGCUCACUGGGAAAAACAUAGGAAAGUUUGUCUCCAUUCCAGGGCGAGUACGCUAUGUAGACAUAUAAUUUCAGCGGCGAAAGAAGACUCAGACUCCUUACACCAAAUAAGUACAAUAGCUCAUAAAGGUUAUCUCGCCCAAGGUAGAGGAGUUGUAAAGGUCUUCUUCACCAGUCCAGAAGCAGCCGAAAAGUUCACCACUCACGGCUAUCAAUACCUGAGCGAACCCGAAUUCGUCAAAUGGCACUCCCUCCAGCCGAACGAAAUGGGCGCGGAAUUAUACACUGAAGUGGUUAAACUCUGUAAAUCUUACAACCCUGAGACGAGAGUUAUUUUAUACGUCGCCGUUUGCAUCAUCAGCGAAGUGCCAACAAAAGGUGCAGUGAAAUGGGAACGACAAAUGGUGUCCCGAUGCGCAAAACUGAGACUUAGUAAAUCAGUAUCCGCAACAAUUCAGGAGCAGAAUCGAAAAAGAAAUAGACGGGAUAGCAAAGGAACACCAGAAGACAGGGAGACUUUGAUACUCACGUCGAAGUUGACAAACGCGGGAGACAAGAAUGCAGCUACGGCGCACAAGUAUAGAGAGAUCUGCUUUAGGAAUAUUCUCAAGGAGUUUGAAAGUCGGGGAGUGAUGUUGAAAAAGCAUUUUCCGGAAGUGUAUUCGCGGUUAGCGGCUUAUGUGGACGGUACGAGUGAUAGGUUCAUUCCAAUGACGAUAUACCCGAGGGAUGCGACUAGUGGGAAGUCGUUUGUGUGCGUUAUCAUGCCAGAUUGUGAGAUGGAUGGUACGCCGGUAGAUGGUCAGGUCAUUACCGUGGAUGUUGGCGUGGACCGGUCUAAACACCAGCUGUCGACGCCCAUGUAGUAACUUCUUACAAGACUCUUAUAUACAUCGUCGCUUAGCUAACAAUAAAGAACUAGUGAAAUUACCAAAGUUUUCGAGACAAAUAACACUCUUGCCAAAUCAUCCAAAAAUGGAAUAGGUAAUAAAACCAUAAAUGUAGCUACGAAAACUUUGUUUUUAAUGUGAGGUUUAUCAUGCGUUUUUGUAUAAAAUCAUAAAAUAUAUGUUUAUUGCUGACUAAAGACUGUGUUAAUUUGACUCGUGCAGUAUUGUUUCUUAUUAGCGACGAUAUUAUAAUGAAAGUAAAUAUUAAAAAACUUACAAAUUAAAAAAGAACUUGUUAUAGGGAGUUCGACGGCUUCUACGUAGACUCUUGUUGAUAUCAGGGUUUUACUAAUAGUUGCUAAUUUUGUCAACAUUCUGGAAAGUUCUUCGAAACACUUCCAGCUGCGUACCUAAUAUUUAUGUUAUUAAAUAACUUAUACCAAGCAUCAAGGACGGGUAAAAUUAUGUGUUAUAAAUAAGCAUAUAAUAGAAACUAAACCACGCGAACAUUAUCCGAUAAAUUAGCAACUUUAUUGAAAAUCCAUGGUCCAUCUUCCAGACCUGAUUUAUACAUGGUAACACCAAAAAAUUGUAUGUACAUAGCUAAGCAGAAUAUUGUUAAGGACAGUAUAAUCGCUCAAAGCUGUAUUCUUAUGAGAAUUGUCUACACUGUUGGCUAAUUGUUUGAUAUUUUCUUCUUGAUCCCACGCAAUGGUUCUCGUACGUGAAUUAAUCUUGAAUGUGCUCCUUAUAUAUUUAUUAUAAACAUUUUAUAAAUAUUAUAAUGUAUUUGUAAUAUCGUGAAUUUGGGUAUCAUGACAUUCUUUAUGGAAUUUAAGAAGUUUAUAAAAAAUCCUGUGUGUGAAAAUGUAUAAGACACGCAUUCCGCGUUUUAACGUUAAAGGACUAUACUUACAUACGUAUUCUCAAAUAUUACUAUCAAGGUGCACGGAACGCAUAGUGUAUUACAGGGUUUACUCGAGUAAAUUACAGCGAAUAUAUAACAGAUAUAAAAAAUAGGGUAGGUAUAACCCUAUUCCAUGUUCAAUUCGCCAUUGUCGUACCUUCUGUUUAAAUCGGCAUGUCGGCAUAUGCAACGGUUGAACCGACCUUUAUAUAAUUUAGCACACAUGCAGUUUGUAUCAUAUAGAUGGAGUUAAGGUAAUACUUAUUACGUUAAAGAUGUCGGUCAAAUUUACCAGCCCUAUUAAUAAAAAAUAGCACUUGUUACCUAUGCAUGACUUGACCGCUCAAUCUAUCUUGGUGAAAUUUAACAUAAAAAUAAUAAAGUUUGUCAGAAUUGUUGAGUACAAUAGCUUGUACUAAAAUUACACAAAAAAAAAUUACACCUUUCUUUAUACCUACAUAGUUUAUAAGUCACGAUAACACGUUUUCGGGUUAAAAUCCCACAUCUACCCAACAUCUAGUUAGAAACCCUUACCUACUAAAGCAAAAAAAAAAAAUCUCUUUCAAACCCUAGAAUGGUGUAUUAUCAAAAUGGUGGAAUAUACACUGUGCGUGAAACGGACGUAUGUAGUAAUUAUUGAGAAUACCAGAGUUGACAUUUUAAUCGCUUUUGGAAUAUUAAUAGGUAGCCUUUUAGAAAGGACUACCUUCUGUACCUAGUUACUAAUUUUUUAAUUAAUGUUUUAAAAUACCACCUAUAGCGUUAAAUUUAGUUAUACAAUUGUUUCAUUUGUUAGAACAUUUAAUAGUUUUUUUUUACAUAGUGCAACAAUAUUAGAGGUUGCAGUAUAUUAUAGCAAUUUUAUUAUAAUAACA